GCUGCAGUCACCAAGGCAGAGCUUUGUGGUGGGGCUCUGAGGUGCGUGGUCACCAGCAGGAGACAAAAAAAGUCAGUGUCAGAGCCACCACCGUUCGGGGGGGCUGGGGUGCUUUUCUCCCCUUGCAGCCAAUAAAAGGGCUGUGAAGAGGCACAUCUUCCCCUGCAGGAAGCGGGGCAGUCACGUCUCUCGCUGGCAGGCUCCUCUCGCGAAGCGCUGGAGAUGGCAGUAAGCCUCGCCUGCAGCUUCGCCACGCUUUGCUGUUUAGCGCUCUGGGGCUUCACCAGGACUUCUGAUGGUACCUACAUACCACCACCUCAUUCAACCACGAAACCUGGCUUUCCUGUGCCUAUGGACACUGACAAUCCUGGUGUUCGCAAGGCAGCUCGCUUUGGGGUUUACCAAUACAACAACAGUUCCAACGACCUCUUUCUGUUUAAAGAAUGGCAAAUAAACAAAGCCAUGGUGCAGAUUGUCAGAGGGCUGAAAUACAUGCUCCACGUGGAAAUCGGCCGCACGGUGUGUGAGAAGAGGGAGCACUCCAGCCUGGACAGCUGUCACUUCCAGAGGAAGAAAAAACUGCAACAGAUGCUGAAAUGCUAUUUUGAGGUCUGGAUAGUGCCUUGGUUACAGAAAGCACACGUCCCUGUUGCUCUCUGCCAUUGACCCACCUUUUCCCAUGAGAGUGUGAUUUGCAGGGGAUCUACCAUCGUGAGUUUUUCCUUGUCUGGACUUCUGAGGCCAAAACUGAAGUGGGGAACAGCUGUACAGAAUCAACACAGAACUUUUCUCUCAAAGCACAUGGUUGGUUGUUUCUACCUGUCCCUGAGGAAGAUGCUCAAAAUCUGAGUAAUGAAGAAAAGACUUGCCUUGUCCAAAUUUAUUGCUAUCCAGUUGUGUAUCUCUUUUUCUGAAACUAAACCACAGAUGAGAG